CUAAAUUUGAAUUGGCAACACUAUACUUGAUGUUCGGUUUUUGCCAUUGAAGAUCAUUAGUAGUAAACAAACAUUCCGGGAUUGUCUUAUUUGGCUUCGAUUUUAAAAUGACAAACGAUUACAUAGAAGCUUCACCCGAAGAAGUUAAAUUGCAAGCGACAGACUUUGAUUCCGAAAUAUCAUCCAUGACUAGAUCAAAUAACUUUACAGAGGUUUCUCUUGGAGAGAAACGAAGAAAAAUUCCUAAAAGAAUUCUUCAUUUUAGCGAUGGACAAUUAGAAGAAUAUAGCAGCGAUGAUGAUGAUGAAUUUGAUUCUAUUAAAGAUCAAAAGCCGCUUAUAAAUCCAAAAACAUUACCAUGGUUUCCCUAUCUUUGGUAUUUAACAUGGUGGCUUGGAAGCAGAACUCUUGCUGUUUGUGAUUAUUUAGGAGAACAUAUUGCAUAUUUUUUUGGAAUCACUUCUCCAAAAUAUUAUUAUGAAUUACAGGAAUAUAAAAGAAUGAUUGAAGAGGAAGAUCAAGAACAAAAAGAAAAUUUAGAAGAGUCAGCUGGCUGGAAAUCUAGUUCUAAUAUUGAAUUGAAAACAGUUCAUAUUCAAGAACCUACUAAAAAUAUGACAGAGAUUAGCGGAACUCCAUUUACUGCCAAUCAAGUCAUUUCGCCAUCAGAUUCCCAGCACUGGGAACGCAGUCUUUGAACUGGAGAAUUUAAAAAAUUAAAAGAAAAAUGCUAUAUUGCAUCCUAAUUGUUGUAACAUCUAUAAAGAUCACAAGGUACAAGUUUGAAAAUAAAAUUUAAUUUCAUUGUUGUUAACAAUUUAACUUAUUAAAUUUGAAAAUUCAAAUGAAAACUGUUCUUUGUGGUUGCUAUUAAAACUAUCUUGUGUGAUUGCUUAGCCACUAUAUUUGAAAAUGUAAGCAGUUUUUCAUUCUCGUGUGUAUGCAAGAGUUGUGAUAAAUUCUAUUUUUAAAUGCAACAUAUCUAAAAUUGUCAUCAAAGCACAAAUAUAUUGAAUAAUCAUGAGUAAUUUCUUAAUCACAAUGAUAUUUAAUAUGAAACAAUCGUAAAAAUUGCCUUCAAAUUUUUUAUUCUUUAGCAUAAUGUAAAAAUUAUAAGGCAGCAGAUUUAUUAAAUAAAAACAUAAACUACUACUUUAAUGUUUGUAUUUCUGUGAUAAUCAACAAUCUAAGAUCAAGUAUGUCAUUCCAAUAUAAUUCUUCUAUUAAAAACUAUUUUAUUAUUAUUAUUCCAAUAUUAAUUCGCUUGGUGUUCAUAACUGAAAUUUUAAAAUU